CCCCGGUCAACCGGGGGCUAGUGCGCCUGCGUGCGCGGAGCGUGCGCUUGGGGGCGGGGGAGUGGGCGGUAUCUUAGCAGGGCGUGUCCCGGGCAGUGAGUGUCCCUGCCGACUCCGCGUUCUCCUGCCCGCGCCGCACGGCCCCGCCCGCAGCACCCACCGGCCAUGUCCAAGUCCCUGAAGAAGAUCGUGGAGGAGAGUAGGGAGAAGAACCAGCCCGAGGUGGACAUGUGUGACCGGGGCAUCUCUAACAUGCUGGACGUCUCUGGCCUGUUCACUCUGUCCCACAUCACACAGCUGGUUCUCAGUCACAACAAGCUCACAACUGUGCCACCAAACAUUGCAGAUCUGAAGAAUUUAGAAGUGCUUAACUUUUUCAACAACCAGAUUGAGGAGCUGCCUACGCAGAUAAGCAGCCUUCAGAAGCUCAAACACCUGAACCUUGGCAUGAACAGGUUAAAUACCUUGCCUAGAGGAUUUGGAUCUUUACCAGCUCUGGAGGUUCUUGACUUGACUUAUAACAACUUAAAUGAAAAUUCCCUGUCUGGAAACUUCUUCUAUCUGACCACCCUGCGUGCACUCUAUCUAAGUGACAACGAUUUUGAAAUCCUGCCGCCAGAUAUUGGGAAGCUCACAAAGUUGCAGAUACUGAGCCUUAGGGACAAUGACCUGAUAUCACUGCCUAAAGAAAUUGGUGAACUCACUCAACUUAAGGAACUUCAUAUCCAGGGAAACCGUCUUACUGUGCUGCCCCCAGAACUAGGUAAUUUGGAUUUGACUGGUCAAAAGCAAGUCUUCAAAGCAGAGAAUAAUCCCUGGGUUACCCCUAUAGCAGAUCAGUUCCAGCUGGGAGUGUCUCAUGUUUUUGAAUAUAUUCGUUCAGAAACAUAUAAGUAG